AUGAUUUAUCUCUCGUUUGUUGUCUUUUGGGUUUGCAUAAGUUCAAGUUAUGCUCAACAGUAUUAUGAUUCAUCAGAUUGUUCUUCAGAUAUGCAAUUUCCAGGUUCAAAAUACACCUGCAAUUCCUUCCAGAUCAGUUCAUGCAAAACAUUCUUAAUCUACAGAGCUAAACAGCAUGUUCAGACCAUUGAACGCAUCUCAGACAUGUUCCAGUUGAGCUCAACUGAUGUUCUUGCCCUGAACAAUCUUACAUCUCCUUCUGAGAAACUCAAGCCAGGAAGAGAAGUUGUUGUUCCCAUCAACUGUUCUUGCUCAGGCCAGUAUUUUCAGGCAAAUUUCAGCUACGAGGUUCAGGAAAGCACCACAUUUUCCCAGAUUGCUUGUGAAGAUUUUGAAGGGCUUGUGAAAUCGCUUACACUUCAAGAGAUGAACAAGCCACCUCAAGCUGGCUCUCAGCUUCAUGUGCCUUUGAGAUGUGCUUGCCCUGAUAAUUUCAGUCUUAGAAAUGGUGUGAAUUACCUUGUUACAUAUCCUAUUAUAGAAGGAGAUGGACCACGAAAAUUGAUUGAGAAAUUUGGCAUCUCUUCUGAAGAUUUUUUGGCAGUUAAUCAUUUACAUCCUAAGCCAGCCGUUUUUCCAGGAACAACUGUUUUACUUCCCCUGAAAGCAGCUCCAGUGAUAGAUUUCAGUACCCCAGAUUCUCCACCUCCAACUCAUGUCUUUCUUCCAACAAAUCCCACAGGCAGAACACCAAAAAGACAGAAAUUAAGCAAGGUGUAUAUUGCAGGGUCUGUUGCAGGGUUUUCUCUGUUACUUGUAGCAUUAGUUGCAUGUGGGGUGUAUAUAAUGGUGCUAAAGAAAUGGAAGGGUGAUCAGAAUUUCCAGUCAUUUACUGCGAGAAGCUCUCCUCGAUCCAGUCAAACAGGGGGAAGCUCCACAAAUUCAUGUUUAUCUCCAGAUCUUCUUGCUGGGAUAAAGUACUCAUUGUUCAUUUGCAGUGUGGAGGAGCUCAGGAAAGUAACUAGAGAUUUCAGCGAGGAAAGAAAGAUAGCAGAUGAAGUCUACAAGGGGUUGAUCAACAAUGUUGAAGUGAUGAUCAAGAAGAUGAGGUUUGAAGACACAUGGCAGGUUAUUGAUUUACAUUCAAAAAUCAAUCACAUCAAUAUUGUGAAUUUAAAAGGUGUUUGUUAUGGAGAAAAUCAUGCCUUCUCUGAUUCUUAUCUAGUGUUUGAGCUCCCUAGCAAUGGCUCUUUGAUGCAUUGUUUGUCAAAUCCAUCAAACACUCUCCAGUGGCAUAGGAGGACACAAAUUGCUUUUGAUAUUGCAACAGGGCUUCACUAUCUACAUUACUGCACUUUUCUCACCCAUGCAUGGAUGAGCUUAAGCAGCAGAAAUAUAUUUGUGACAGCAAAUUGGAGAGCAAAAAUUGCAAAUAUUGGAACCCCUUUGAAAGGAAAUGAUGAUAAAGAGAAUGACAGAGGAGGGGUUGUACCUGCAGAGUGCCUUCUGCAUGGCUCGGCUGCUGAAAAGGCAGACAUCUUUGCAUUUGGAGUUGUUUUGCUUGAGCUCAUCUCAGCAAGAGAGGAUUUUGAAGGAAAAUCAUUCAAAGAAUCCAUCAGAUUUUUGGGAGAAGACAGUGGAGGUGGUUGUUUUGAACAAUUGAGGAGUUUCAUUGACCCUUCUUUGAAAAAUGAUUAUUCCCUUGCAGAGGUUUUAUGUUUAGCUGUUUUGGCCAAGGCUUGUGUGGAAGAUGACCCUCUGCAUAGGCCAUCUAUGGAUGAUAUCAUGAAAGUCCUUGCCAGAAUUGCAUGA